AUGUCUGAUUCCAUUAGCUGGAGAGACAAAUCCCAUAGGUCGUGCAAAUCUGCACCUAUUCUAUUCCCUCCUCUUCCUCCAAUCCUACUCCUCCAACUCCUUCUACUCCUCCGGCACUCCACCUCCUAUCCUUCCUCCUCCUCCGCCUCCUCCUCCUCCUCCUCAUCCUCCUCCUCCUCAUCCUCCUCCUCCUCGUCGUCCUCCUCCUCCUCGUCGUCCUCCUCCUCCUCGUCGUCCUCCUCCUCGUCAUCCUCCGCCUCCUCCUCCUCCACAUGCUUCUUUCCUCUCCCCUUCCGCUUGCAUGGCCCCUUUCCCUUCUGCUUCUUCUUCCUCUUGGAGCUCUCUCCCGCGCGCUUCUUCUUCUUCUUACCAAUGCUCCCAAAGACGCUCCAGUCGAUGGUGCACUCCUGCACCUCGGCUCCCUCCUCCUCAGCCCCAUCAUCAACCGCCUCCACUGGUGCGGGCGGGAGAACGGCAAUGCCCUCUUUGAGGGUUCCGUCGGUGAGAUCGGCGUACAACUUCGCACGCGCCUGCGUUUUGCGAUCAAACGCAUCGCGGGCCCUCCUCGUGAAGGCCACGAAGGUGACAUCAGUCAUCUUCUUGGCCGCGAUGCGGUUCCGGUCGCGCCUCUGCACUCGUGCAAGGGCGGACCAGUACCGCUCCACCUCUGACGAGCGCGUCAUCCGACCCGAGGCGGCCCUCCCCCUUGUGAAACUGCACCAGCUGUGUCUGCAGCUUGAUGCGCUGGGCAACAUCCCCCACCCGGGCAUCAAUCACCUCGUUGGCCCCCUUCCUCACCUCCGCAUCCGUUCUCACCUCCCCCGCAUAUUGGUUGCGGGGAUUAAGAAGCCAUCCGAGGGCAUGCAGGGAGUUGUGGAGUUGCCCGUCCCAACGCUUGGCAAGGAUGCCCUUGAUGGAUGUGAUGAAGGAGCUCUUGUCCUUGGCCAAGAGCAGACCCGUCUUCUUGACGAACACCGCCGCUGCUCACGGUGA